AUGGGAGACCAGCGUGGCGCUGGUAACUCUCGCUCGUACAAGAUCCGAGGGUAUACGAGAGAGAGACAUUCAGCGAAACCGUAUGCUCGUCCGUAUGAACGUAAGAAGGUGCGUGAGUGACACAACGUUCAGUGCUGAUUUUUUAGAUUUCCUCCUCUUUAAAACUGAUCGUUUCUAUUUAUUAGGAACGUACUUUAAGUUUUAUGCCCGUAGAGAGCACAUACUGUUCCGUGGGAGAGUAUUAAAAAGUUAAACAUCGCUCUUUAUGUAUUGCAUUGCAGGGAGUUCUAGAGACGGUGAAAGAUUUCUUCUCUCCAUCAUGGCUUGUAGAUUUAUUUAAAGGAAACCAGAGAUCAGAAACUAUCGAAAUAGAAGAUGAAGACGAUGAAGAAGAACACGACGAGGUUUCACGGGGAAUUGACCAAACUUUCAAUCCGGGUUUUAACGAGCGAGCGUCGUCUUCGCGACCCCAAGAAACUUUAACAGCCGGUAAGAUAGGCAAUGGGCAGUUAAAAUCCUCGUUCGGGCCGGGAUAUUUCUCAUCUAUUUUACGAAAGCCUGAGCUUUCUGUCGAAACACCUUCUACCUCGAGACCUGCAAGAACGUUUGGUUUAUUCACUGGGGAUGAUCGUAUAGGUGAACCUUCGAUUAGUUCGGGAAGAACGGAGGAAUGCGAUAACGAACUUGAAGUUCCAAGUUCAAGUAACGAGAAAGUUGUAAGGCCGUCAAAAACGGGCGAGGUAAGUUAACCUUAAAUGUUGCACUCGCUCUUUGAUAAACUAAGGUAAAUGACAAGUAUUUUGAAUGAGUUACCAAUUUAUCUUUCGACAGGUUUUGCAUGAUUUCCCGUAAACUUGCCAUAAAAAUUUCCAUGGCAAAGCUUAGGACAAGCUUAAUACAGAAUUAACUAAACGAGAGUGGUUUUAUGAUCAUUUAGUUAAUUACGAGACACUUCUUUCCUCGUUGCCCUGUAGGCUUCAUUAGUGAGCGUACUACUUCCGAAUGAUAUGGUUGUUUAUGCUCACACAUUCUUAAUUCGAUUGAUUGCAAACUCAAUUUCGAAAUGUUGCAUUUAACACUUCCACUCCAAUAAUCAUAUACAUGUUCUUUUUGUUGGAGUAUUUACCUUUCUUACAGUGUAACCUUGCUUUGUCCAACACUCUCUGUUAAUUCAAUGUUUGUGUUGUGAAAUUAAACAAGUAAGAUGUAAAGGUAUGCAUGUCAGAAUAGUUUUUAAACAAAACUACUGGAAACCAUCUCCUCUGAUACAUCUUACAAUAUGGCUAUUAUACAGAGAUCAACUGCUGGAAAUGUCAGUUUUCUACAACUUUACUCAAUGAUUGAAAUACUGAUCAAUCAAGUUGAUAUGUCUGUGUUUAGCACAAUGUAAGGAUUUGCUCACUGGAAAACUGUAUACUGUAUCAAUUAAUUGAAUGACGGAGAAAGUAAAUUUGAUUGUAGUUUAGUUUUAAAUAGCAGUUGUUGUGCUCAUAAAGAGAAAUUUUCACGCAAGGCUAAAAAAGAAAGUUGAAUCGCAGAUGCUUAUCAUAGAGGAUAUUUGUGCAUAUUACUGAACUCAAUUAAAAUCAAUUAAUUGAUUCUAGUCUUAUUGAGUUAUAUGACCAAGCAGCUAAAUUUGAUUUUACUUGAAACACAGUUCCAAGAGUCUGGGGACUUAUUUUUGUUAAUAAGAGAAGGGUUUAUUCUUGAGCUUGGCCUUGCAGGAUCUCUGCAGUUUCAAAAGGAAAAAAAAUAAAAAGGAUGAUACAAUUUAGGUCUAAGUGUCAAAUGGAGAGAAAAAAAUGUGCCUAUAACCAUAUCCUAAAGUAGUAAUUUAUUUUUGAAGUGAAUUAUUUGAACACUUAACUGAAAGCAAGAUGGAGGAUAUGAUAGCUGUUGUAUAAAACCAAAUUUAAACCUAAUACUGUUUUUCCUGUCUCAAUGGCCUCUCUCUUCUUUUGUUUUCUCACUGAUAGGACAAAAACUAUGUUCAAAUAUUUUCUUUGCCUUUAAUUUCUAGGUGAAGGGCCCCCCAUAAUUAUAGAAGCAGGAAUAAACCCUGAUAAAAGCCUGCCAUACAACAUGACCGUGUUAGUUUUGAACAACUACCUACCUUCCUUUGAUGGGUCUGUUCAUUCUAUAGACUUUCAGGAGUACAUAACUCCUUGUUUUAAUUUUGAUACACUACCCCUUUGUUAGGUGAUAAAGUAAUUAAAAUUUUAACUAAGGGAUAUUGUCUUGGUAGUGAAAGAGUGAGAUCAAUAUACUGAAGUUCUGUUCUAACAAUGAUCUUUUGACUUCAGUUCCGCUUUUAGAGUGAUCAGUUUCUUUCCCUUGUCUUCAGGGUUCCAAGCCAAUCAUUUUUUAAUAAUUUGCUAUUUGGCAACUUAACAUUGUAAAAUUAUCUCCAGAGAUAAAGUUCUGACUCAAAACCCCCUAGAAAAACUACAAAAGACACUUUGAGCAGCUUACAUGAAGCACUAAGUUGCUGACCUUGGUGCCUGUGUUUCCAUCAAGCAUUAUGGUGGACAUUGGUUUUUGAAGGUUCAUGUAUCGUAUCAGGAAUAAUAUGUGGGCACACCAGGAAGAGAAAUUUUUACAGAAGAAAAAUGAUAAAGCCUGUGUGGUAAAUUAUGAAACUGCAUUGCUCACUUGGAUUUCACACCAUAAAGAUGAAGAUGUCAAAUUGUUACAAAUUAUUGCUUGACUGCUGGACACAGGUUGCCAAAUUGGUCGCUUACAUAGCCAAUUUACCUGCCAAAAUCUUUUGUUACUAUGGUGACCAUAAUGGUUGCAGCUUAGAGUGCUGUCAUUAUUUUUUUAAAACAAACUUGUCAAUGGAAAUCUAAAGGGUUUACUUGAUUUGGUUGCACAAUGUUUUAAAACCUGGCUUAUUGUUCCCAGGGAAAUUUAUUUAAAUGGAGAACAACAUAUCUGAUUGUGCCUGGUAAAUUUUAAAAUAUCAUGCUUGGUGGCUUAUCAAUAUUCUCUGCAGUAUCAAGUCUGAAGUUCUGUUGUGAGUUCCAUGAAGUCUACACACAAACCUUUUUUUUUGCAGUUACCAAUGCCAUAAACUACAAUUUUACAUGAUAAAACAUCUUACUGCAUCAAGUUACAUGUUAUUUAAGCCAGUUUUUAUAGUUUCACCCAUGUUUGAUCAUUACCUUUGUGCCCUUCCUAAAUCCAAAACAGUGUUUUCUGCAGAGCUAAAUUAUAUUUAUCCCCACAGGAAGAAGAUAUCACCAUUAUUCAUCCAGAAGCACAGGAGAUGAGCAAAUCAGACUCAAUUAAAACAUCCACGCCUGCCUUGUUUUCAACUCCUGGUCUCAAGAAAAGGCCAAACACAACAAUAUUUGGUGAACCUUUGCCAGAAGCUUCAACAUCCCAGGGAUCAAAUCCUUCCAGGCCACAGUUGUUUCCUUCAUUGUCUGAGUCCCGUCCACAGCCUUUCUCAUUAUCCAAAAACAGACCAACCUUCUCUCUGUCUGCCUUUGGUUCUCCUUUGCCAGUAAGUAGUGUUCCUUUGAUGGAAUGUGUAUGGUAGCAUUUGCUGGUGUGAGCUCAGAUAGUUUAAAUUGCAGCCAGAAAAACUGCUGACUUGAGAAACAAUACCCUUCUUACUAGCAGAGAAAUAAUCCUGACAAGCGAACAACAAUUCAAGAAAUUGAAAAAAAUGAUAAGCCUGCUAAAAGCCAGGCUUUGGUGGAAUUCCAGCAACUUCAUUAACUGCAGCGCUGUUGAGGGCAUAAACUUUUUACCUUUAUUUUCUCCAAAACCCAAAAUAUUUCUUGUUUUGUUUGUGUAUAUUUCCAUGUUUAUAGCCAGUCUGUGUGCUGAAUACUUCCUUGAUUUAUGGAAACUGGAAAUGCCAUUAAUUUGAGAACUGUGGGUAGAAGGGGAGAGGCUUUUUGUGGUUGUUGCAGUGCCAUGAAAUGAGGCACUAGAAACAGAGCGGUUGCAAAUUGUAUAGACUGCCUUAAAUCCCAUAACAAGCCAUUAUCUUUUUUAAUGUAGCUUAUUUGUGAUAACAAAGACCAUGUUUAUAUUUGACUUGAGCUUUGUUUAUAUGUUGAUUUUUAGUAUUUCUUUUGGUUAACCCUUUAACUCCCUUGGGUGACCAAGACAGAAUUUCUCCUUACAAUAUCAAUACAAUAUCAAGCAGACAAGUGAUGAGAAUAGAGAAAAAUAUCAAUUAGGGGAUUAUAAGUUGAUCCAAUACCAAAUUCUCAAAACUAACAUCACAAGAACUGUAUGGCAGACAGUAAGGAGAAUAACUACGGAGAUCUUGGGAGUAAAAGGGUUGAUUGUACACUGCAAUUGGAUUAUGGAUUUUGAAGAUACAUGUUUUAUAAGAUAUUUGAUUAUUGUUGAUGUUGUGUUGUAAAGUUGGAUUAGCUUUCACGGCAUUGCAGGGAUGAGAUGCAUAAAAAGCCUGUAGUGUGCUGUGUUCUUUAUUUUCUGUCUGUGAAUGGUAUACUUAUCAGAUGGCUCCUCAUAGAAAACAAAUACAAGGUCUUACAAGAUCUGUCUUCUCCUUCCAGCCCAAGCCAUCAGAAGCUGGCGGUUUUUCCUCUCCAUUUUAUUGUGGAAGAACAUCUUUUGGGGGAGCUUCCUCUCUGCAGUCUUCAGGUUAUAAAAGACAGAGGAUGAAUUCCCCAACUUUUGGAGAGGUAUUGUGACUAUAUUAAUCUCCAGACACUUGAUGUUGCAGUUUUGUCAGCUAAAUAUGUAAAGGCAUCUAAACACAGUCAUGCUUGUAAGUCUUGUUUAUAUUUUAGCUGCAAACCAAAACCUUACUUUGGUGUACUUUCUGUUAGGCUCCAAAACCAGUAAGGAAAGUGAUAACACCCAAGCCUGUUUCAAGUAAGUUUGAUUUGUACUCAGAAGUUAUCUUAACUUUUUUUGUAGAGUUAGAGGUGGAAAACAUUCAUGAGAACCUACAUUUAAUUGGUGUCCUUUUUUUUUGGUCUCAUUUUAUAGCAUCUGGAAGAAGUGGUGUUACUAGUCAGACAGCAAAGAGAAUACUUGACGCUUUAGAAAAUAUGUCCUCACCCUUAAUUGUGAGUAUUGUCAAUAAUACUCCAGUGGUACUGCAAUAACUUGAUCAGAGGUCUGGCCAUUUAUUGUGACUUUACCCUUAACCCUUAAGAUCUGAUGGGUAAUUCUCCCCUCUGGCUGCUGCUCAUUUCCUGGUGAAUAUGUUAUGAAAAUUUGAUGUUAGAGCAAGAGAACAACUUCCACCUGAUAAGUUUGAGUAUUCUCAUAACCUGUAUGCUAGAUAAUGUAUGGAUAUUAAAGGGAGAAGUUACUUGCUAAUCACCUCUUGUAUUACAGGAUGCCAGAAGAAUACCAACACCUCCCGUUUCUGCUUCAGCUUCACCCCUCUCUUUUUCAGUGAGUAUGACAAAGCGAAUGAGCUGUUUGUUUGUGCAAUAUUAUUCUGCAGUUGAUCUGACACUUACAACAACUUUUUAUUUUUAUAGCCUGCAAAAAGGAGAAGAGCUCCAAUUCCUUCUCGAGCUGUAGGUUCUCCACGUUCUCUGAAGGUAAGUUCAAGUUAUUCCUUUUUUUACUAUCUUACUAAAAUGCCAGACUCUAACUUCAAUUUUGGUAAGUGACCACUCUGUCUGUCAUCAAAACUAUGGAUCUACAACUAGUGCAAUUGCUCUUGGAGGUUCAUGAGACUCAGAGUCCUAAAAAUUGAGGUGAAAGAAGCAAAUUGUAAAAAGAUAAUAGAUACAGUGGAACCCCACUAACUUGAACUCAGUUAACUCAAACCCCGCAUUAACUUGAACAAGAUCUGAUUUCCCUUGACAAUUUUUUUCUGUCAUUUCUUAUCAGCUAAGCCCUGUCAACUUUUUGUUUCCCUUGGGAGAUUGAGUUAGCAAGGUUCUACUGUAGCUCAUUUUCAAAUCAAUAUGGCCACCAAAAAAAAAUGAAAGCUUUCAACUCUGAAAUGAUAUAUUUAUGUCCUUUGUCACAAACAUUUGUCUCAAAAGCAUCUCUUGAAUAAUUAUCUUACAGGCCCAUUUUCCUGGUCCUCCAGUGCAAGAUCUCUCUGCACCUCAACAAGUAUCAAUUUCUCGCUUGAGGGCAAAAGAAACCUCAACCCCAGCAAGCACAGCAACUUCAUCAGAUUCACAGUGAGUACUUGUACAACAGUUAGUAAUCAAGUUGAAGAGGGAGUUUCCAGUGUCAUGUGGCCUUGACAGUACAUUUUCCUCUUGCAGAUUUUCCACAGCAUCAACCACUAUCCCAACAUUUUCCAAGGUAAGGGAUGCUCAUAUAGUAUCAGUUUUGCUUUGUUCUUGACCCCAAAUUUCUCCUUACAAUAUCACCCUUCAAUCAUUAAGGCCAGGAGAAUAGGGGAAAUAAUCACCAACUAAAGUAGCUCUUGAUUGUUAAACAAAUUCUCCCUGUCAACAACUUGGGAAACGUAUAGAGAACAGUAUGGAGAAUAUGCAUACUGAUGUUAGGGUAUAAAGGGUUAAUGAUAAGAGGAUGUAUGUUGUCUAAUUUUCUUUCCUUAAAACCUAAAUAAUAGCAAAUGCUGUUAACUUGUAAUGAUCAGAUAAUUAGUAAAUCAAUAAGCAACAGUUUUUAAUUUUCCUUGUUUUAGUUUGAGUGUCACUUCUACAUCACAGUUAAUAGUGCAAAGUAGUUUUAUCUACUUCUUAAAGUUAUUUAUUUAUUUGAUUUAUGCCUUUCAGCCAUCAUUGGUGUCCUCCUUCACUCCAACACCUUUACCAAUUUCUCUAUCGCCAUCAUCCUCCAAGGGCGGGGGCAAAGUGAAGAGUGCAAGAAGUACAAGUCAUUACACGCAAAGAGAUAGAGGUGACGAGGAGAGGAGUGAAAACCAAGUAAUGUAUUCUUUAACACCAUAAACAUUUUAUUUGUGGUUGUAGGAUUUAAAUCCAGAAGCUUUUUUGUAUUGUUCAGAUGCACAAGGACUGGGUGUGGUGUUUAUUUUAUGGAAGUGACGAUUUUUUUAAAUUUUGCUUCCAUCUGCAGCUUGAAAAUUGUUUGAAUAUAGUAUCUUCUGGUGUCUUCUGACCUGUCUGCAUCAUUGUGUUAGAAUAUUGAAGGAUACUGAGUGUAUUCAAUGAGCAACUGUUUUUCUUUCUUAUAAAUAGCUGAUCACUGUAUCCUCCUUUGUUUUGCAGGUUGUGAAUCCAAUACCCGAGGUUGAGAAUCCUGUCCCACUGAAGUUACCUAAUGGAAAAUCCUUGCCAUCCUUUUCUUUCAAGUCGAUUCCUCCAACUGCAACAGAACCUGCAGCUACGGUACUAGUUCUUUAAGUGCUAGUUUGUGUAACUUAAUUCUUAAAUUUAUCUGACAUUUAAAGAUGGUAAUCGUUGCCUUCUUUUUCAGAGCACCCCAAUAGCUUCUAAUGCAUCAACUCUGGACUUUGCUAAAAAUAACUUCAAGUUUUCAUCCCCUGAAGCAAAAUUGCCCAUGUUUUCCAAAACAUCAACAGCAGAAAAUCAGAGCAGUUCUAACAAAGUGAGUAAGAAUGAGACUUGUUGCUUCAGUGGCAAUUAGAAAACAUUUUGAUGGGUAGAAAUGUUAAUAGCAGAGCUCACAGAGCAUAGCCCCAUAAUUAUACAAAAUAGUAGUAACCCAUCAAGCUGAAAAAAUUUGGAUGUACGACCGUACGAUCGUACAAGGUGUUACUUUUGAUAUGUGUGGUCAACUGUACCACAGGCAUGCCAACACCGGUGGUCAGUGCACUGGGCUCCGAGUCAGACAACCCGAAUUCUAGUCCUGGCUGAGACAAGUUGUGUGGGGAAAAAAAAAUUAAAGCUCCGCUUUUAGGCUUGGCUAAAUGUAUGUAUUAUUUUGAUUUCAUCAGCAAAGAAGAAUGAGAAGGUAUUGAACAAAUCGAAAUUUCCCAAUUUUUUUUUGUUUCUUUUAGAUUACAUUUUCCUUUAGUGAGCCUGUUCCUGUUAGUAAAAGGUAAGCUUUAAGAGUUAAAACAUACAGUCAUUGUUCUAUCCUCAAUAGAUUUCACAAUUCUCAUCACUUGCCUGCUUGAUGUUGUUUCAAAAUUGUAAGGAGAAAUUCAUUCUUGGUUGCUCAUGGGAGUUAAAGGGUUAAGCCAUCACCCCUGGGGAAUGGUGGAGUGAUCACUUAAUAUUGGUUCUGUGGUGAAAAAGACAAUUUUAUGCUAUAAUUGAUCAUGCAGUGUACAAAAACUUGCUGAAAAGUACCACUAGCAUUGAUUUCUGGGGGAUAAACUUAGAUCAAAUAUACUGGAAAGCUUGUUCUUAGUUUUGUUUGAGUGGUUCUUCUUUAAGUGACUGUUCGAUACUGGUGGGAGACAAUAGAAACAGGCUGUUGGGACUCAGUAAAGGGCAACCUUGACCUCUUAACCCUUUACACUCUAACAUCAGUAUGCAUAUUCUCCAUACUGUUUUCUAUACAUUUCCAAAGAGGCUGAGAAGGAGAAUUUGUUUAACAAUUAAGAGCUGCUUUAGUUGGGGAUCAUCUUUUUUAUUCUCGUGACUUUCAUGUUUGAUACAGGGGUGAUAUGCUAAGGAGAAAUUAGAUGCUGGUCAAUCCCAGGGGCUAAUGGGUUAAUAGGGGUGGAAAUUUUAGUAUUUAAGGGGAUGGAAUUUCAGGACUUUGGCAACUGACCGUUUAAUACUGGGUGAUGGUUUUCUCGGGUGCUACUUAAUACAGGUUUGACUGUAUCUGUGAUUGGCAGGAUAAUGUGUUUAAAAUAUAAUUGUCACCUUGACAUGAAAGCAUCAGUAGCAGCACAAGAAUGACAAUGCUAAUCGAUGUGUGGUUUACAGACUUAUAUAUUUUAUUCAAAGAGUAAAUAACAUUCCUAAUGCUGAUUGUCCUGUUGCUUUGCAGUAAUACAAACAAUGAAAGUAAACUUGUCAAAGACAAACUGGAAAUAAAUAGACUUUCAGAGGUACUAUAUAAGUAGAUGCUGUUAAUUUUGUGACUAGAAUUUUAUAUGUAAUAUGGUAUAAUUUAAUUGAACCUAAGAAAGGUUGAUGUAAACAGUUCCAACCACUUUUUCCCUCCAAUUAGGUCAUUUUAGCAAAUUUAUGACCAUUUUCUGCACAUCUCCACUUACCUAAGCACAAUAUUUCUUUUCCUCUCUUUAGCCAGUAAGUUUUUAUCCUCUUAAAAUUAGGAGGUACCUUUUGGGAGUGCUUAACAAGUAUUUAAGCCUUUUGACAGCAAUGCCUCAGAAGUGAUUUGCUUGAAUGCAACAGAGAAAGGUUACAUGGCCUCCACUUUCCCAAAAGUAACUGUAACAUAAGCUUGUUUAUUGGGGAAACAAAUUUGUUCAGACUUGUUUCUAAAAUUUGAGCCAUGAGAGGACGAUAGGUUCUUUGGGAAAUGGCUCCUGUUUACCCAUUAAGGAUUUAAGUGCAUUGAUAGUAAUGUGCACCCAAGAAUUUUAGGAAGUGAAAAAUGUUUCCUGAGAUUGAUGGAAUUUUUUACUCUUGUUUUCCACCAGGUUAAACAAACAGUGAAGCCUGUUGAACCCAAUAAUAAUCUUCUUUGUAAAUUCACACCCUUGUCUGGUUCCUGGACAUGCGAUACUUGUUUAGUGUCAAAUAAAGCAACAGAUAUGAAGUGCAUAGCUUGUCAAAGUUCUAAGCCAUCAAAUGGAGAGUCAGCUCCCAGGAAACCAGCCCCUUCCAGCAAUGACUUGAUGGCAAAGUUUGCCCCAAAACAAGGGUCUUGGUCCUGUGAAACACGUAUGGUUGACAAUGACGCAAGUAAAACAAAAUAUGUUGCUUGUGAGACACCGAAAACUGGUGCUAAACCACCUGUGUUAUCAUCAAAACCUACUAUCAUUAUUGACAAUGACUUGAUGGAGAAGUUUGCUUCGCCACCUGAUUCUUGGGAAUGUGACACUUGCAUGGUUCAAAACAAAUCAACAGACAACACUUGUAGUGCCUGCCAAACACCAAAUCCUGGUGCUACCAAGAGUGCAACAGCAACAGCUACAACAGCACCUUUAAGUGGUAUUUCAUCAAGUAUUAAACCAGACAGUAGUUUAGCAGCAAAAUUUGCUCCUCAAGCUGGCUCUUGGACGUGUGACACUUGCAUGGUUGAUAAUAAAAGUGAAGAUUCAAAUUGUGUGGCUUGUCAAACACCGAGGCCUGGGGCUAAACCAGGAGCAAGUACAGGAAGUGGAUUCAAUGUAGGCGGUGGGCAGACCUUUUCUUCCUCACCCUUUAAAUUUGGAAUGGGAAAUUCAGCAGCUGCAAGUUCUAGCUCAGUAUCAGCAUUUAAAUUAGGGUCCAGUAGCUCUGUAGAUUCUAAAACAAAUGGACAAUCUAGCCCUUCAGUUUCAGUUACUUUUGGAGAUAAUGCAGAUCAAAAUCGCAAAAAUGACACCAAGUCAGAAGGCACCACUCAACUACCUACAUUUGUGUUCGGUUCUUCGACAAUUCUGUCCAAUUUCUCAAGUGAAACAAAGACAGGUGCUCCAACUUUCACUUUUGGUGCUCCAGUUAAUAAUCAAUCGGGCAAAGAUGACAACAGUAAGCCAUCGUUUAGUUUUGGAGGGAACAGUUCUGUUGACAAGUACAAAGCCACCUCUAGAGGAGAGUAUACAUUUGGUACUAAAAAAGUUACCCUUGAUGCCUCUAACAAAGGUAAUCAUGAUUCAUGUUGUUGUUGAUUUUGAUAUGAAACCCAACUUGGUUGUAUUUCUUGAAAUCCUUAGUUUAAGUAAAAGUUUGCAAUUAAGGGAAGAUCUAAGAUUUGCCUUUUUCCGAUGUUACAGGCAGAAGCAAAUACUGGAAAUUAAGUACUUAAAGGCCUAUUUCCAACCAUGAUGCAACGCGGUCGUUUGUUUGUUUGUUUGUUUGUUUGUUUGUUUGAACCACCGCUUUUGUUUAAGUGGCGCCUCUGAUUGGUUAGUUAUUUUUACUUCGUCACGUUGUCUUAAUUUCUUCACACUUAACGCUUUUAUAUUUCAUUUUCUUACAUAUUACAAGAUAUUCCUUUCACCCGCCUCGAUUAGCAUUUGCUAUCUGUGGGUCAAAGGAAUAUCUUGUAAUAUGUAAGAAAAUGAAAAAUAAAAGUGUCUCAGUUUCUCUGAUGAGUUUGGUGAGCUUAUCAAAAUAAUUCUGUUUAAAACAGUUAUAUACGUUUUAAUCCGGUAUGGAAUCAGAUGAAUCCAUUGAUUUUUUGUAGAUUCCGAGGCAGUAAACGCUUUUGGAUCGGUUUUUGCUAAAGAGGAACACGAAAAUCUUUGCGAGCAUUCCGAGGAAAGCGAAAAUGUUGAUCCACCCCAUUUUCAUUCAUAUAUCAAUUUUUUUUAGUGAAGUUUGCCAUCCUUGUUAAAUAGGACCAAGGGUCAGUUGAAGUUUCCUGCCCGUGGAGAGGCGCUUGUGCUCGGAAGAGUGGUCGAGGUUGUUGUCCAUGCAAAGUGGCAAAUAAGAAUUGUAACGCAAACUGCCAGUGUCGCUGACUUUCCUGCAAUGAAGUGACUAGACGUCCGGCAGUCGGACACAGUCUUAAAAUAAUUAAACGUCCGGCAGUCCGAUAUUUUUCCAUAUUUCUCUUCGAAAUCCAAAAAAUAUUUAUACGAAAACGUUCUACCUUUAUUUACAAUCCUCAAACGCUUCCAGGCAAGCCUAAAAUUUCGAACUUGAUGUUUCUCGCUAACCUUGUAUACAGAGUACGAAGCCAUCCAAGCGCUUGACACUUGGGAACUUUUCAAUGACACGGCUGGACACGGUCCUCAAAUAACUCCAUAUUUCUCUUUGAAAUAUACCAAAUUUUCCUUGGAAAAUAUUCUACCUUCAUUUAUAAUCCUCAAGUGCUUCUAGAAAGUGAAAAAAUUCGAACGUUGUCCGUUUCGCCGACCCUGUACACAGAGUACGAAGAGAUCCAAGGGUGACACUUAAAAAAAUUCUACCGGACAAAACUCAAAAUACUGUAAGGAAACUGUAAAAUGACGAACGGCGAACUAAACGUCCGCCAGUCUGAUAUUUUUUCAUAUUUCUCUUUGAAAAAUACCAAUUUCAAUUGGGAAAUAUUUUAUCUUUAUUUAGAAUCGUCAAGCGCUUCUAGAAAGUGAAAAAAUCGGAAUGCUGUCCUUUUCGCCGACUUUGUUCGCAGAGUACGAAGAGAUCCAAGCGUGACACUUAAAAAAAUUCUACUGGACAAAAUUCAAAAUACUGUAAGGAAACUGUAAAACUGUAAAAUGACGAACGGCGAAUGUAUUUACUGUAAAACAGUUGACUAUAUGUCCAGGAUGGCUCUUGAGAAAGACGAUUUUAGAAGGUUUUUAGUAAUCUGGGAAUUUCGUGUUACAGGAAAUUAGGUCGAGGCGCGCGUUGCAUCAAGGGUGAAAAUGGGCCUUUAAGAUAUAUUCCUACAUGUAUAGGCAGUGGGCUUUGGUUGUAGUGAUCCAGAGUUUGUUAAAUGCAUAUGCUGUUUCACUGGCAGCUCUAGAGGUGUAUUAGAAGUUACUGUGUAAGGGAUGGUUGUGAACCUCUCGUGUGUUGGAUUUUGUUUAAGGUAAAUCAAGUUCUAUAACAGAAGCAGCAGCCAGUGGAAUUCUUAAGGUGCCAGAGGUGAAAGACCCUGAUGUUUCAGUACAGUCUACUAAACAGGCAGGAGCUGGAUUGUCUAUUGCUGAUGCUGCCAAGUCAGGCUUUCUCAAAGUACCUGCAGUUGGUGAGAAUAAAGGUUAGUUUUAAGUUAAUUGUUUUAAUGCAGUGGAUGCACUCUGUCAGUUUUAAAUCGUCAGACAAAAGAGGAAUUUUAUUUUAAGUUGAGGAUGUAUGUAGUACCUAAGUGCCAACCGAGAACUCUGCCCUAUCAUGAGCCCCAGUUCCUGACACCAAUCCACACUGAAUAGAUUAUUGAAUGCCGCUUCAUGUUCUUUUGUUGCUACAGUUGAUAUUGGUGCUCCUCCAAACGUUAAUCUGUUUGCAUCAGGGCCUGCUACCAACACACCAAAUGCUUCAUCAAGGUCGUCUUCUGCAGGUUUGUGAAGAGAAAAAUGUUUUGAACUGGGGAAUGAUACUCAAGUAAAACACAACUGUAUAGUGAGAGAAUUUAAAAAACUGCUGCAAGAUUUACGUUUGGAACUCGUUAGACGUUAAAUUCUGAUAAUGUUUAUUUGCGAAAGAUAACGGUACUCAAAAUUGCAAAGCUCAUGAAUCAUUAAAUUGAGUGUAGCCAAGAAAACUUUAGCGGCUGUUUGGCUAUCUGAUCUUAGUGAGCUUAAAUUUUAUCAGUAAUUUUGCUUAUUUACAAUUUUUUUGAUGCGGAAUACAUAUGAAACACUCAAGAAUCACAUCACAUCUCUAAAUGUCUUGAAUGUUGUCAAAAGGACAAGCACUGCUGUGCACAUUAAGUCUUAAUCAAUUAGUUAAUGUUCAGGAUUUUUAAGACACAAAGUGUGAUUUUUAUUAGAUUAUUUUAGACAUUGUCUAGAUAGCGGUAGUAAUUUGAAAAUGAUGUAAAAAUUCAAAGGGUAAAAAACUUUUUUGCUCCAUUUUUGUACAGUCUGGGUGACACUAUUAGCAGUCCCGAGUAUUUUACCCGAGAUCUCAAGCUGUUUAUGAUGUUUAGUUUUAAUGUUGAUGGAUUUUGCUUUGCUCUGUCAACAGCAAAUUCCGGCAGCUCGGGAUUUUCCUUUACUGCACAACCUGGAGCACCAUCGCCAUUUAGUUUUGGGGCUGUACCACCGUCAUCGUCAGCUGCCACCCCUGCUGCAGACUCCAGCUCUACAGCUUCCACCAGUAGCAAGCCCUUGGCAAAUCCCUUAGCCCCAGGGGGAUCCAGCUUACCAACAUUUCAGUUUGGAGCAGCUUCUAGUUCUGCACCUGCCACGAAAUCUGAAGCAGCUAAGACCACAGCUCUAACCCAGUCACCCUUUAGUUUUCCUGUAAAUACUGCAGAACCAGUGAAAACAACGGCCUCUGCGCCGUUUGCAUUCGUGCCAAAUGCUGCACCUCCAGCAAAUACUCCGGCAGGGUCUUUCAGUUUUGGCCCCAAUCUUACGAACACGACAGGGACCCCUGUAGCAGGAGGUUUCCAGUUUGCAACGCCAAGUACUCAACCUUCAAGUGCUCUGAAGCCUGCUGCUCCAUCAGUAACAACAGGAUUAUUCCAGUUUGGUGCUUCAAAUAAAACAGCAAUGACAAGUUCAGCGACACAACCUGCAGCACCCUCAUUUGGAUUAACGUCCACAUCAGUCAGUUCCAGUUCAGCCCCAGUGAAGCCAUUUUCUUUUAGCAGUGGAUCGACAGCGUCAAAUUUUGCGUUCACUCCAACAAAACCCUCUGUACCUAUCGGAGGUAUUCAGCCCCCUUUAAUUUUUGGGGGAUCAACCCCAAAGCCGGAGGUAGCCUUCCCUGGAUUUGGGACCUCACAACCAACAUCAAACCAACAAACAGCAGUAAGCUUUCCAUGUGAUGAAUGAACAGCCUCCAUUUUGGCAUGAAAAUAGGACCGGAUAUUUGUUCGCGGGUAUUUCCUGCUGCUUUGCUCUCGGAAAACUGUGAUCUUGGAAGAACAGAUAAUGUCUAAGGACAAAUAUCCGUGCAUAUUUUCGCUCCAAGUGGAAGCUGUUGUGUUUAUUACCCGUAAAGUAUCUUUGCAACGCGCGGAUAAAAUGUUUUCGAACAAUAAACUGUUUGCUGCGCGUGGAAUUUACUUUUCGUUGUUUUCUGGUAUUACUUUAUAAACAAACAAACAAACGUGUCCCAUGUUCUGUAUCAAUAGCCAAACAAACUCUCAUCUUCAAAUAAAUUGAAACGAACGUUUUUUUUCGUAGUGGACAUAAGGUUUGAAAAUUGGGGAUAUGUCCUCGGAUAUUCCUCAGUUUUAGCUGAGACAUCUUCGAUCACGUGAUGCAUUUAGACCAAUCGCGUGCGAGCAAAAAUACUUGAUGGAUCAGACGCACUCUUAGUAUGUACUAAAAACUGUGGUGAAGGCGCGCCAAUAUUGGCUGCUUAAACUCAUAAUAUCCUUUGCAUGUCACCUUCGCAGCUCGAUAAAUAUCCACUACUAGCCUCUUUCACUUCGGCGAAUAGUUGUAAAAUAUCAUACUUUUCGAAAGUUGUGUAUAUUUUUUUGCUGUGUUUUCUUCCAGCCAUUCAUGUUUGGUGCUGCGUCAUCCAAUGCUACACCUGCGUCAGAAGAAACCAUGGAGGCCGAUGGAAGCAGCAGCUCUAGCAAUCUGUUUGGUUCAGCAGGUGCAGUAUAGUUGAGACGAUGGCGCUUAGGAUACUGGGGUGCCUUGCAAAAGCUAAUGAUCUUAUUGUCAUCAAUGUUAUACCAUUCAUACCUUUUUUUCUCUGAUAAACGCGUUGUUACAUUAUUAUUGCAAUGGCCUGUUAAUUGUGACUCCGAUUGGCCAAUGUGAUGAGGUCUAAUUUAUUAAUAUUAGUUUUAUUUUCCGACCUGCCAGCCAGUACAGGAGGAACAACAUUCGGUACAACGGGCUCCAAUCAAGGAUUUGCCUUUGGAGCGCCAAGUGGUCCUUCCACAGGAGGGUUUAAUUUUGGGGCCGCUCAGGUUGCCCCGGGACCAAACACCUUCGCGUUUGGAGCCAGUGGAGGAGGUGGUGGUCCCACAUUUGGAGCCAGUGCUGGCCCAUCUCUUGCUGGUAAUUAUUUUUAGCUAGUUUGACAAUGAAUAUUCUUUUGGAAAAGUGAAAAAAAAAAUUAGUUUAUGUUGUUUUUGUUUUGGUUUGCAGCUCCCAUUCAAGGUGGAUUCAACUUCGGCGCAGCAACGGCCAACAAUAAUGUAGGAGGCACUGGAGCAUUCAAUUUUGGAGCUCCAUCAGGAGGCCCGUUGUUUACCGCCGGAAUUGCAGGAGAUCCCAAUAAUAUAGCUCAAAGAAAAUUCAAGAAAGCUGUCAGACGCACCAAGCGCUGACCCCGUCCCAGCACUGGGUUUACGAGACAAGACUGUUGUACACUUACCGAGUACAAACGUUACGGGGCUAUCGUCUCUCUCUACCCGAUGGUACAAGUUACGGGUACACAAACGUGACGCGAACUCACCCGAAUUGUCGCGACGACGAUAAAAACUGCGGACUGUUCAAACGAACACUCUGAAACGGCGACGUAUUGUCGCAAGACGUUUGACGAAAACGCUAAACGGCGGCGUUUAUUGGACGCCAUCUUAGACGGACCAAACCAAGCGUGCCGGCUAGGAUAAAAGUAGAUUGGAAAGAA